AUGACGACGAGGACCGUUCCUCCUAGCGGAACGGCUCCAGGCACCAUCAUUAUUCAAACACCCAUCGAGCACAGCGGUACGACGCAGGGAUGGACCGGCACCUUUACAACGACCAAGACCUACCCGCCCAGCGGCACGAAUCCGGGUAGCAUCGUUGUUCAAACCCCGACUGGAUACCAAACCACGACGGAGGGAUGGACCGGCACCUUUACAUCGACCAAGACGUUUUCUCCCAGCGGCACGAAUCCGGGUAGUAUUGUUGUUCAAACGCCGAUUGGGUACCAAACGACGACGCAGGGAUGGACUGGGACGUUUACAACAACAAAGACCAUCCCUCCUGCUGGAAUCACGUCGGGCAGUGUCAUCGUCCAGACGCCGAUUGGGUACGAAACGUCAACGCAGGGAUGGACGGGGACUUUUACGACGACAAAGACCAUCCCUCCUGUCGGAACCACGUCGGGCAGCAUCAUCGUCCAAACGCCGAUUCGGUAUGAAACUACGACGCAGGGAUGGGCUGGGUCCUUUACCACUACGAAAACCAUUCCUCCUACUGGAACGGCCUCGGGCAGCAUCAUCGUCCAAAUACCAAUCGGGUACACGACGAUUACGGAAGCAUGGGCUGGAAGCAUUGCCACCACCGAGACGGUUGCCGGCAGUGGAAAGGCUUCGGGAACCAUCAUCGUCAAAACACCAGUUGGGUAUGUCACAAAGAUGCAAGGAUGGACUGGUACCUUCACAAGAUCCAGCACCAUCGCGCCGAGUGCGACGAUUCCUGGUACAAUCAUCGUCGAGACGCCGAUAGAGUACGUCAUAUCAUCCGAGCUGUGGACGGGAACCUACAUUACAACUCGGACCAUCCCGCCAAGCGGUACGGUUUCUGGCACUGUCAUUAUCGGCAUACCUACGGGAUAUAGUAUUGUCACCGAACCGUGGACUGACACCUUUACCACGACCCAUAGAGUGCCGGCCACGGGCACGGUUCCCGGAACAAUAGUGGUGCAGACGCCCACGGCACUGGCGACGACGACGCAGUUGCAGUCGGCACCGUCGAGCGCAACCAGCUCAACACCUCCUCCGUCCGAUACGGGUUCCGGCACAAGCCUCGUCCAGACACCUACCGGAUAUGUGACCGUAUCCCAGGCUUGGACCGGCUCGUUCGCAACAACUCGUACGAUACCCCCGACCGGUACCGUGCCGGGCACCAUCAUUGUCGAGACUGCCGCUGGGUUCAUAUUGACGACGAAACCAUGGACGGGUACCGACACCACCACCCAUACCGUAUCACCCGAGGGGACUCUGCCAGGAACAAUAAUCAUCGAAACGCCCGUAGGAUACGUGACGGUAACCGAGCCUUGGACUGGCACCUUUGACGCCACCCGUACGGUACCACCUGUGGGCACGACCCAAGGUACGAUUAUUAUCGAGACGCCUUCAGGAUACGUUAGGACAACGCAGUCGUGGACGGGAACGUUUGUCACUACCCGCACCAUCCCUCGUGCAGGCACAACUCUGGGCACAAUCAUAAUCGAAUUGCCAGGAGGAUAUGUAACGACGACCGACGGUUGGACAGGAACCGCUUUGGCAACCCGCACGGUGCCUCCUAGCGAUACGAUGCCGGGAUUCAUCAUAGUCGAAACUCCGACAGGAUACCUCACGACCGGGCAGGGUUGGACGGGUACGUUUGUUACAACCCGCACGGUGGCCCCUAGCGGAACAUUCCCAGGAACUGUCAUUGUGGAAACCCCGACGGGAUAUGUAAUGACCGAUCAGCCGUGGACGGGAACGUUUGUUACGACUCGCACAGUUCCUCCCAGCGGGACGUUGCCUGGAACCAUCAUAGUCGAAACUCCGACGGGAUACGUGACGACGGGAUACGUGACAACGGGGCAGCUGUGGACGGGAACGUUUGUGACAACCCGUACAGUGCCUCCAAGCGGAACGUUCCCGGGAACCGUCAUUGUGGAAACUCCGACAGGAUAUGUAACAACUGGACAGCCGUGGACGGGUACGUUUGUUACAACCCGGACCAUUCCUCCCAGCGGAACAAUGCCCGGAACUGUCAUUGUCGAAACUCCAACUGGUUAUGUCACCACUGGCCAGCCGUGGACUGGAACGUUUGUUACCACCCGUACAGUGCCUCCGAGCGGAACGUUCCCAGGAACAAUUAUAGUGGAAACUCCGACAGGCUAUGUAACGACUGGUCAGCCAUGGACAGGUACGUUUACCACAACACGUACUCUUCCCCCCAGUGGAACUUUGCCAGGAACCAUCAUAGUCGAAACUCCGGGAGAGUUUAUAACGACAGGGCAGCCGUGGACGGGUACGUUUGUCACAACCAGGACGAUACCUCCUAGUGGCACGGUGCCAGGAACAAUCAUAGUCGAGACUCCGUCAGGAUAUGUGACGACUGGACAGCCGUGGACUGGAACAUUUGUUACGACCCGUACGGUGCCGCCCAGCGGUACAGCGCCGGGCACUAUCAUAGUCGAAACUCCGGCAGAAUACAUAACAACCGGACAGCCGUGGACAGGUACGUUUGUUACGACCCGUACAGUCCCCCCUAGCGGAACGUUGCCAGGAACAAUUGUUGUCGAAACUCCAACUGGAUACGUCACGACCGAGCAGCCGUGGUCGGGUACCGUCAUCACAACACGUACAGUGCCUCCUAGCGGAACGUUCCCUGGAACCAUUGUGGUCGAAACGCCGACUGGAUACGUCACGUCUGGGCAGCCGUGGACGGGUACGUUUGUGACGACCAGCACAGUUCCACCUAGCGGUACGAUGCCAGGAACUAUUAUAGUCCAAACUCCGACAGGAUAUGUAACGACCACGGAACCAUGGACGGGUACGUUUGACGCAACCCGUACGGUGCCUCCUUCUGGUACUAUGCCAGGGACUGUCAUCGUCCAGACGCCAACAGGAUACGUGACGACUGGGCAACCGUGGACUGGUACGUUUGUUACAACCCGCACGAUCCCUCCUAGCGGAACCUUGCCAGGGACAAUCAUAGUGGAAACCCCCACAGGAUACGUGACGAGCGGGCAACCGUGGACGGGUACAUUUGUCACAACCCGUACAGUGCCUCCCAGUGGAACUUUUCCGGGAACUAUUAUUGUUCAAACUCCAACAGGAUACGUCACGUCUGGGCAGCCGUGGACGGGCACGUUUGUUACGACCCUUACCGUGCCGCCUAGUGGAACGUUGCCGGGAACUGUCAUAGUUCAAACUCCAACAGGAUACAUUACCACUACGCAGCCGUGGACGGGCACAUUCAUCACAAGCCGCACCGUGCCACCCUCUGGUACGAUGCCAGGAACCAUUAUAGUAGAAACACCAACCGGGUAUGCAACCACAUCCGAGCCAUGGACUGGUACGUAUGCAACGACUAUUACCAUUCCACCGUCGGGUACUGUUCCAGGAACCAUCAUAGUCCAGACUCCCACGGGAUAUGCAACUACAUCGGAGCCAUGGACUGGGACGUAUGCAACGACCCGUACCAUUCCACCGUCGGGUACGGUUCCCGGUACAAUCAUCAUUCAACUCCCAACAGGAUACGUCACAACCACACAGCCUUGGACUGGCACGUUUCUUACAAGCCGUUCAGUCCCUCCUACAGGAACAAUGCCUGGAACAAUAAUAGUAGAAACGCCUACUGGAUACGCCACUACGUCGGAGCCUUGGACAGGAACGUUUGCUACCACACGUACCAUACCACCUUCGGGUACAGCCCCAGGGACCAUUAUAGUUCAAACCCCAACGGGAUAUGCCACUACGUCGGAGCCUUGGACAGGAACGUUUGCUACCACACGUACUAUACCGCCUUCUGGCACGGUGCCGGGAACCAUUAUAGUUCAAACUCCAACCGGAUAUGCAACUACGUCGGAGCCUUGGACAGGAACGUUUGCCACCACACGUACCAUUCCACCGUCAGGUACGAUUCCCGGGACGAUUAUUAUUCAACUCCCAACAGGAUACGUGACCACCACGCAGCCGUGGACUGGUACGUUUGUUACAAACCGUACAGUGCCUCCCACAGGAACAAGGCCUGGAACGGUUAUAGUAGAAACGCCUACGGGAUACGCAACUACAUCAGAGCCAUGGACUGGUACGUAUGCAACGACUCAUACCAUUCCACCUUCAGGUACAGUUCCAGGCACCAUCAUAAUACAACUUCCGACGGGGUACGUUACGACUACACAACCGUGGACUGGGACGUUUAUUUCAAGCCGUACGGUACCUCCUACCGGUACGAAUCCUGGAACAGUUAUAGUACAAACACCUACGGGAUACGCAACUACAUCAGAGCCAUGGACUGGUACGUAUGCAACGACUCGUACCAUCCCACCUUCCGGCACAGUUCCAGGAACCAUCAUAGUUCAAACCCCAACAGGGUAUGCCACUACAUCUGAACCGUGGACUGGUACGUAUGCAACGACACGCACCAUUCCACCUUCUGGCACAGUUCCGGGAACUAUUAUAGUGCAAACUCCAACUGGAUACGUUACCACUACACAGCCGUGGACCGGGACUUUUAUUUCAAGCCGUACGGUACCUCCCACCGGUACGAAUCCUGGAACAGUUAUAGUACAAACUCCUACGGGUUAUGCCACUACGUCGGAGCCAUGGACUGGCACGUAUGCAACGACCCGUACUAUUCCACCAUCAGGUACGGUUCCUGGAACAAUCAUAGUCCAAACCCCAACAGGAUACGCCAGCACUACUGAACCGUGGACCGGCACUUUCGCUACAACUCGUACUAUACCACCAUCAGGUACGGUUCCAGGGACUAUUAUUAUACAACUUCCUACAGGUUAUGUCACAACGACACAGCCAUGGACUGGCACGUUCAUUACAAGCCAUACAGUUCCUCCUACGGGUACGAGGCCAGGAACCAUUGUCGUAGAAACGCCUACCGGAUACGCCACCACAUCUGAGCCAUGGACCGGUACGUAUGCAACGACCCGUACUAUUCCGCCUUCGGGUACGGUCCCAGGUACUAUAAUUGUCCAAACUCCAACAGGAUAUGCAACUACGUCGGAGCCUUGGACAGGAACGUUUGCUACCACACGCACCAUACCACCUUCGGGUACGGUUCCGGGAACCAUUAUAAUCCAACUUCCAACGGGAUACGUGACCACUACGCGUCCAUGGACGGGCACCUUUAUUACGAGCAGUACGGUGUCUCCUACUGGUACCAUGCCAGGAACCAUUAUAGUCGAAACGCCAACCGGAUACGCAACCACAUCCGAGCCUUGGACUGGUACGUAUGCAACAACUAUUACUAUACCACCUUCGGGUACAGUUCCGGGAACCAUUAUAGUUCAAACCCCAACGGGAUAUGCUACUACGUCUGAGCCAUGGACUGGCACGUAUGCAACCACUCGAACUAUUCCACCUUCGGGUACAGUUCCGGGUACAAUCAUCAUUCAACUCCCAACAGGAUACGUCACAACUACACAGCCUUGGACUGGCACAUUUCUUACAAGCCGUUCAGUCCCUCCUACAGGAACGAUGCCUGGAACAAUCAUAGUAGAAACACCGACUGGAUAUGCCACUACGUCGGAGCCUUGGACUGGUACAUAUGCAACAACUCGCACCAUUCCACCUUCGGGUACAGUCCCAGGGACCAUUAUAGUUCAAACUCCAACAGGAUAUGCAACUACAUCAGAACCUUGGACAGGAACAUUUGCUACCACUCGUACCAUUCCACCUUCUGGCACAGUUCCAGGAACCAUCAUAGUUCAAACCCCAACAGGAUAUGCCACUACAUCUGAACCGUGGACUGGUACGUAUGCAACGACACGCACCAUUCCACCUUCUGGCACAGUUCCGGGAACUAUUAUAGUGCAAACUCCAACUGGAUACGCAAGCACGACAGAACCAUGGACAGGCACGUUUGCGACAACUCGUACUAUCCCACCAUCCGGUACGGUCCCAGGAACGAUCAUUGUCCAACUCCCAACAGGAUAUGUCACGACGACGCAGCCAUGGACGGGUACGUUCAUCACGAGCCGUACUGUGCCUCCCACCGGUACGAUGCCUGGAACAAUCAUUAUAGAAAUACCUACUGGAUACGCGACUACAUCAGAGCCUUGGACUGGCACAUAUGCGACAACUCGUACAAUUCCACCCUCCGGUACAGUUCCGGGAACCAUCAUAGUUCAAACCCCGACGGGAUAUGCUACUACAUCGGAGCCAUGGACCGGUACGUAUGCAACAACCCGUACGAUUCCACCUUCGGGUACAGUUCCAGGAACUAUCAUAGUUCAAACCCCAACAGGAUAUGCAAGCACGACAGAACCAUGGACUGGAACUUUUGCAACGACUAUUACCGUCCCACCAUCAGGCACGGUUCCAGGGACUAUUAUCGUUCAACUGCCAACAGGAUACGUUACGACUACACAGCCGUGGACGGGCACAUUCAUAACAAGUCGUACGGUGCCACCUACUGGUACGAUGCCAGGAACGAUUAUAGUAGAAACUCCAACGGCAUAUGCAACCACAUCAGAGCCAUGGACUGGGACGUAUGCAACGACCAUUACCAUUCCACCGUCGGGUACAGUUCCGGGAACCAUCAUAGUCCAGACCCCAACAGGUUACGCAAGCACAACAGAACCAUGGACGGGUACGUUUGCAACAACGCGUACCAUUCCACCGUCGGGCACGGUUCCGGGAACCAUCAUAGUCCAACUUCCAACAGGAUAUGUCACAACUACGCAGCCAUGGACGGGUACGUUCAUUACGAGCCGUACUGUACCACCUACAGGUACAAUGCCUGGAACAAUCAUCGUAGAAACACCUACCGGAUAUGCCACUACGUCGGAGCCGUGGACUGGUACAUAUGCAACAACUCGCACCAUUCCACCUUCAGGUACAGUCCCAGGGACCAUUAUAGUUCAAACUCCAACAGGAUACGCAACUACGUCAGAGCCUUGGACAGGAACGUUUGCCACCACACGUACUAUACCGCCUUCUGGCACGGUGCCGGGAACCAUUAUAGUUCAAACUCCAACAGGGUACGUGACGACCACGCAGCCUUGGACAGGUACGGCCAUCACAACACUUACGGUACCUCCUACCGGGACGGCGCCUGGAACCAUCAUAGUCCAAACGCCCACUGGAUAUGCCACCACGUCGGAGCCUUGGACCGGCACGUAUGCCACAACCCGUACUGUGCCGCCUUCUGGAACAGUUCCGGGAACCAUCAUCGUUCAAACUCCUACAGGCUAUGUCACGACUACAGAGCCGUGGACAGGCACGUUCAUCUCGACCGUUACGGUGCCUCCUACUGGUACGAUGCCUGGAACUGUCAUCGUUCAAACCCCCACCGGAUAUGCAACCACUUCGGAGCCUUGGACCGGUACCUUUGCAACAACGAGGACUAUCCCGCCAUCCGGUACAGUUCCAGGAACCAUUAUUGUCCAAACACCAACAGGGUACGUGACGACCACAGAGCCAUGGACUGGGACGUUUAUGACGACCCGCACGGUGCCUCCGACUGGUACGAUGCCUGGAACCAUCGUCGUCGAAACACCAACUGGCUAUGCAACGACGUCAGAACCUUGGACCGGUACGUUUGCAACGACUCGCACCAUACCUCCUUCUGGUACGGUCCCAGGAACCAUUAUAGUUCAGACACCUACGGGAUAUGCAACUACAUCUGAGCCUUGGACUGGUACAUAUGCAACAACUCGUACCAUUCCACCGUCGGGUACUGUUCCGGGAACCAUUAUAGUUCAAACCCCAACGGGAUAUGCCACUACAUCUGAGCCUUGGACUGGUACAUAUGCAACAACUCGUACCAUUCCACCUUCUGGUACCGUUCCAGGAACCGUCAUAGUUCAAACACCAACGGGAUAUGCCACUACAUCUGAACCAUGGACUGGUACGUAUGCGACGACUCGUACCAUUCCACCUUCGGGUACAGCUCCAGGAACUAUUAUAGUGCAAACUCCAACUGGAUAUGUAACGACUACGCAGCCGUGGACAGGCACGUUCAUUACGACCAUGACAGUGCCUCCCACCGGUACAAUUCCUGGAACGAUUAUUGUUGAAACACCUACUGGAUAUGCGACCACUUCGGAGCCUUGGACCGGUACAUUUGCAACGACUCGGACCAUCCCACCAUCUGGUACGGUUCCAGGAACUAUUAUUGUCCAAACACCAACAGGGUACGUAACGACCACCGAGCCAUGGACUGGGACGUUUAUGACGACCCGCACGGUGCCUCCGUCUGGCACGAUGCCCGGAACUAUUAUCGUCGAAACGCCUACUGGCUAUGCAACGACGUCUGAACCUUGGACCGGUACAUUUGCAACGACUCGCACCAUACCGCCUUCCGGCACGGUCCCAGGGACCAUCAUAGUCCAAACGCCAACUGGAUAUGCCACAACGUCAGAGCCUUGGACCGGUACCUUUGCAACAACUAGAACUAUCCCGCCAUCUGGUACAGUUCCGGGAACUAUUAUUGUCCAAACCCCAACAGGGUACGUCACGACUUCGGAGCCAUGGACUGGGACGUUUGUUACGACCCGUACAGUGCCUCCGACUGGUACGAUGCCCGGAACCAUCAUCGUCCAAACACCUACCGGAUACGCAACUACAUCUGAGCCUUGGACUGGUACGUUUGCAACAACUCGUACCAUACCGCCGUCUGGUACGGUGCCAGGAACUAUCAUAGUCCAAACGCCUACGGGAUAUGUAACUACAUCUGAGCCUUGGACUGGUACAUUUGCAACAACUCGUACCAUUCCACCUUCCGGUACCGUUCCAGGAACCAUUAUAGUUCAAACACCAACGGGAUAUGCCACUACAUCUGAGCCAUGGACUGGUACGUAUGCAACGACUCGUACCAUUCCACCUUCGGGUACAGCUCCAGGAACUAUUAUAGUGCAAACUCCAACUGGAUAUGUAACGACUACGCAGCCCUGGACAGGCACGUUUAUUACGACCAUUACAGUACCCCCUACCGGGACGAUGCCUGGAACUGUUGUCGUUGAAACUCCCAGCGGAUAUGCAACGACUUCGGAGCCAUGGACAGGUACGUUUGCAACUACCCGUACUGUACCACCGUCGGGCACAGUUCCAGGCACCAUUAUAGUGCAAACUCCAACUGGAUACGUGACGACUUCAGAACCUUGGACCGGUACGUUUGCAACGACUCGCACCAUACCACCGUCGGGCACAGUUCCAGGCACCAUUAUAGUGCAAACUCCAACUGGAUACGUAUCAACUACACAGCCGUGGACGGGCACGUUCAUCAGGACCAGCACGGUGCCCCCUACGGGUACUGUACCUGGAACCAUCAUAGUCGAGACUCCUACAGGAUAUGUAACAACCACAGUUCCUUGGACCGGAAGCAUAACAGUCACUUCGACAAUUGCUCCAACUGGUACCAUCCCUGGAACUAUAAUUGUUCAAACACCAACGGCCACUCCUACAUCCCCAUCAAGUUAUGUUACGGUCACAAUUCCCUGGACUGGUGUGGGAACUACAACUACAACUGUGCCCCCAAGCGGAACCGCGCCAGGAACUGUAAUUAUUGAAACACCUGCCAGCUUUGUAACGGUAACAACACCUUGGACUGGUGUCGGUCUUACAACAACAACGGUCCUUCCCAGCGGUACUAUUCCAGGAACUGUCAUUAUUCAAACCCCCACCGGCACCAUCACAGUACCUACAAGUUACGUUACCAUCACGACUCCUUGGACUGGUAGCGACACUACGACGACUACUGUACCUCCUAGUGGUACCAAUCCAGGCACUGUUAUUAUCGAGACGCCUGCAAGCUUCGUCACAGUUACAAUACCAUGGACUGGUGUUGGAACUACAACAACUACAGUGCCUCCAUCGGGUACCAAUCCAGGAACGGUAAUUAUAGAAACGCCUGCGAGCUUUGUUACCGUAACAUCACCUGGGACUGGUGUCGCGCUUACGACAACGACGGUUCUCCCUAGCGGUACUAUUCCAGGAACCGUCAUCAUCCUAACACCUACAGGCACGAUUCCGAUACCUACAAGCUACGUUACUAUCACGACUCCGUGGACUGGUAGCGGCACGACAACAACUACCGUGCCUCCCAGCGGCACUGAUCCAGGCACAGUUAUUGUUGAGACACCUGGAGCAUUUAUUACCGUCACGAUACCAUGGACUGGUGUUGGAACGACGACUACCACCGUGCCCCCAAGCGGAACCGCUCCAGGAACUGUCAUAAUAGAAACGCCUGCGAGCUUUGUUACCGUAACAUCACCUGGGACUGGUGUCGGUCUUACAACAACGACGGUCCUUCCUAGUGGUACUAUUCCAGGAACCGUCAUCAUCCUAACACCUACAGGCACCGUUUCAACACCUACAAGUUACGUUACCAUAACGACUCCCUGGACUGGUAGCGGAACGUCAACGACUACCGUUCCUCCCAGCGGUACUGAUCCAGGAACAGUUAUUAUUGAGACACCUGCAAGUUUCGUGACUGUAACAACACCCUGGACUGGUGUUGGAAUCACAACGACGACGGUCCUCCCCAGCGGUGCUAUUCCAGGAACCGUCAUCAUUCAAACGCCUACAGGCACAGUUACAUUGCCUACAAGUUACGUUACUAUUACGACUCUGUGGACUGGAAGCGGAACGUCAACGACUACCGUGCCUCCUAGCGGUACUGAUCCAGGCACGGUUAUUAUUGAAACACCUGCCAGCUUUGUUACGGUAACGACACCUUGGACUGGUGUUGGAAUUACAACAACAACAGUCCUCCCCAGCGGCACUAUUCCAGGAACUGUCAUUAUUCAAACCCCCACUGGCACCGUCGCAACACCUACGAGCUACGUCACGAUAACGACUCCCUGGACUGGUAGCGGAACUGCAACGACCACGGUGCCUCCUAGCGGUACUGAUCCAGGAACUGUCAUCAUCGAGACGCCUGCAAGCUUCGUGACUGUAACGACACCCUGGACGGGUGUUGGAACGACGACGACGACUGUUCCUCCCAGCGGCACCAUUCCUGGAACGGUCAUCAUCGAGACACCUGGAAGCUUCGUUACGAUAACGACACCUUGGACGGGAGUCGGAACGUCAACGACGACGGUGCUGCCUAGCGGUACGAUUCCGGGAACCGUCAUCAUCGAAACGCCUACAAUUACUGGAACGGUACCUACUAGUUAUGUUACGAUAACAACUCCUUGGACGGGCGUGGGAACUAUAACAACGACAGUGCCCCCAAGCGGCACCGUUCCGGGAACUGUCAUCGUCGAGACGCCUGCAAGCUUUAUGACUGUGACGACGCCCUGGACUGGUGUUGGAACGACGACGACGACGGUUCCUCCCAGCGGCACCGUUUCGGGAACCAUCAUCAUUCAAACGCCGACGGUGACGUCAACGAUACCUACAAGCUUUGUCACCAUCACGACUCCUUGGACUGGCGUCGGGACGAGGACCACCACGGUGCCCCCUAGCGGUACGAUUCCGGGAACUGUCAUCAUCGAGACACCAACGGCGACCUCGACGAUACCUACAAGUUACGUGACCAUAACGACUCCUUGGACGGGCGUCGGGACGGUAACCAGCACCGUUCCGCCUAGCGGUACCAUUCCCGGAACCGUCAUCGUCGAGACACCGGCAACCUACACGACGGUGACGACGCCCUGGACUGGCGUUGGCACCAUGACGACGACGGUGCCCCCUACAGGCACCAUUCCGGGGACCGUCAUCAUUCAGACUCCCACAAGCGCCCUGCCAACGUCAAGCUUCGUGACGGUGACGACGGCAUGGACUGGUGUCGGGACGGUGACCAGUACGGUCCCUCCGAGCGGCACCAUUCCGGGCACCAUCAUCAUCCAAACGCCCGUGCCAUACGUGACGAUAACAACGCCUUGGACCGGUGUCGGGACGGUGACCAGUACGGUCCCUCCGAGCGGCACCAUUCCUGGGACGAUCAUCAUCGAAACACCCUUGACCUACGUGACGAUCACAACGCCCUGGACGGGCGUCGGGACUUCAACCACAACGGUUCCGCCUAGCGGUACCCUUCCCGGGACGAUCAUUAUUGAAACGCCAUUGACAUAUGUCACGAUAACGACGCCUUGGACGGGCGUCGGGACGUCAACCACCACCGUGCCUCCUAGCGGCACUCUUCCCGGAACCAUCAUCAUCGAGACGCCGUUGACAUAUGUGACGAUAACGACGCCUUGGACGGGCGUCGGGACGUCAACCACCACCGUGCCCCCUAGUGGCACUCGUCCCGGAACCAUCAUCAUCGAGACGCCCUUGACCUACGUCACAAUCACGACGCCUUGGACGGGCGUCGGGACGUCGACCACGACCGUUCCUCCGAGCGGCACUCGUCCCGGAACCAUCAUCAUCGAGACUCCGGCAACCUACGUCACGAUCACGACGUUUUGGACCGGUACUGGGACCACCGUCACGACAGUUCCGCCAAGCGGGACGAAUCCUGGAACAGUCAUCAUCGAGACGCCUUGCCCUGCGGUUGACGAGACGAGCGUACUUUCGGCAAGCUCUACAGCUGGUGCCCAGACGACUUGGGUCGUUCCUCCUUGUGCUUCCAUGAUGAGCUUCAGUCUCGUCGGAGGUCGCGGCACCGGUGCCAGGACUGACCCGAAUCAGUCCUUCUCCAUCGGCGGUCUCAUCGUCGGCUCGAUCAACGUCGUGCCCGGGCAAGAAGUCGUUGCCGUCGCCGGCGGCUCCGGAUCCGGCGGCACUCCGGGAACGAGCGUCUACGGGAACGGGGGGGCCGGCGGCCUCGCGACGCUCCCGUGGAUGACCGACGGCGCCGCAGGGGGCGGCGCAUCCGCCCUCUACCUCGACGGCACCUUGCUCGCGGUCGGCGGCGGAGGCGGCGGCCAGAAAUACACCUCCUCGUUUUCGGGAACGAUUGCCUUCAACCCGACUUGGGCCGUUUACCCUCUAUACACCACGCAAGGGCCCGGCAUCAACUACGGUUACGACAUGAACUUUACGAGAAACGACAAGUCCCUGUACUUUGUCAACGGCGUUUCCUUUGGUCCCGCUUGCUGCUCGGCCGGCGUGGCAGGGGGUGCGAUUGGGUACUCCCUAAUCCUGUCCGGCGCAAGCAUCCCGUUCACCUCCCCGGACCCGGACGACUAUGCGUUCUUCAGCCAAGGGGGCCUUCCGGGGCUCAACGGAGUGCCGGGCGCCGGGGGCAUAACGCAAAUAGCAUCGUGGGCCGUGCCCUACACAACCAUCGUCAACGGCAAUCCCGGCAACGGGAACAACGGCGGGAACGGGGUGCAGUCGCCGGCGGUCGUGGUGAGCAACAACGCGCAAAACGUCAACACGCUGAACUCGGGAACGUCGUGCGGCGGCGGCGGCGGCUACGGCGGCGGCGGCAGCGGCGGCGCCGUCAGCUACACGUACAACGCCAGCAGCUAUCCCGUCUGGGGCGAGACGGGGUUGGUGCAGGGAUCGUUGGGGGCCGGCGGAGGAAACUUUGCGUCCAACAGCCUCCUGACGUCGACGAUAAGCCUCGGGUUGCUCGUGGUGCAGGGGACGGUCAAUGUGACCUUUUCGUAA